UGGAAAAUAAACAACUGACUAUUGAAAGUAAUUUUCUAAAAUGCUUUAAAAGGGGACAAAAAUUAUCGAUAUCAAAUCGCCAUCUUACAAUUAACAUCAUUGAAACAUAGUGUGUUUUAAAAUCAGGUUAAAACCGUACAUAUCAUCUGUUAAUGAAAAAUGAGGCGUCAUUCGCGAUAUUGUUGUUUUUACUUCAUACUUUUUAGUUUUAACUUUUUUUUGAUAAGAAAGUUUGCAUUAGAACACAAUUUCGGACAUAAUUUCAUGGAUGUGGAUCUUAAUCAAUCUACUUUGAUAAAAAAAGACAUAACUGAACAAAAAUUAAAACGGUUAUAUUUUGAGCAAAAUGUGUUUGAUGUGUCAACUGGAGAUCAACACGAAGCCCAAUCUAAAAAAAUUAUCAUGUUUUACAAUCUACCACAAUAUAUGAACAAUUUUCUUAAGACCAAUCUUUAUUAUAAAAAUUGCGAUUAUAAAAAUUGUAUGUUUACAAAAGAUGCCGAAUACGUCAAUUCUGCAGAUGCGCUUAUAUUUUAUAUUGGUAUACGAAACAAAAGAAUGGGAGUAAAACCACCUUUAACAGAGCAACAAAGAAAUCCUAAUCAAAUUUGGAUUUUUACAUCAAAUGAACCACCAGAACAUUAUUACAAUACAGACUAUUUGCUAUCAUCAUGGAAAAAUACAUUCAAUUGGUCUAUGCUAUAUAGACUAGAUUCAGACAUACCAAAUCCCUACGGUUGUUUAUUGCUUCAGACAUAUGAGAGCAAGCAAAAUUAUGAUUUAAUCUACCAGUCCAAAGAUAAAAAUGCUCUUUGGAUAGUCAGUCAUUGUCAUGUUUCGAGUGAAAGAAGAUUAUACGUGAACGAUAUGAUAAAUUAUGGAUUUGACGUAGAUAUAUAUGGCGGUUGUAGCUCUGACGGCUUAAAGAUAAGCAAAAAUGAACUUGAAUUAUUAAUCCCAAGAUAUAAGUUCUUCCUAGCAUUUGAAAAUUCUAUUUGCAAAGAUUAUAUCUCAGAAAAAUUCUUUCAGAAUUAUAACCACAGUUGGAUUAUUCUUGUAAGAGGGGGUGCAGACUAUCAUAAAUUGCUACCAAAAGAAACGUUUAUUAACACAGCUGACUUUUUAAACGUGUCAAGUCUUGUACAAUACCUUAUUAAAGUAUCCAAUGAUAGAGAGAUAUAUGAGAGUUAUUUAAGAAAGAAAGAUCGUUUUAUAAGUUUACGAUGGCCAAGAAACAGGAAUUGUGAAAUAUGUCGUAGACUUAACAACCUAAAUAGAUUUAAAAAAACAUACGACAAUGUAGGACAAUUUCUUAAUCUUGAGCAAUGUAGACGAGCUGCGGAUCUGAAAUUUAUUAAAUAAUGCAUCAUACAUAAAUAUGUUUGUUAAAUGGAUAUUUAUAAGACACAAGGUAUAACGUAAUUUUUUUAAAGAGGACAUAGCAAUUGAUUGUGUUAAUGAGUGCUGCUUAAUUCUAGAUAUUUGACUUAAUUCUAAGUAUGAACAUUUA